ACUAACAUUAAUCUCAAAUCCUACUCACUAUAUAAACAGAUGAAAUAUCCUUAAAUUUUUCAUCGACAACAUUGUCGAAAAAUAAACAAUGACAUCUUUUACAUUUCCGGCCACCAUGCCAGCAUCAACCACGGUAGCAUUAUCCUUGUCUUUCCGACUACCCUCGUCGAAUAAGACACCACAAAGCCACACAAAUCAUUACCGUUCAUACCACAAACUAAACGUGAAAUGCAAAAUGAACCAACCAGGCGAAUUAGAUAGGAGAGACGUGUUAAUCGGGCUAGGUGGUCUAUACACCGCAUCCAACUUACCACAACCCGCACUCGCGGAUCCAGUUCUAGCACCGGAUCUCACUCAAUGCGGUGCAGCCGACCUGCCCGAGGGCGCCAACCCGGUGAACUGCUGCCCACCCUCGGUUAGAAACAAGAUUGUUCCUUUCAAGCUGCCACCACCUACUAGACUUCGAAUCCGGCCGGCUUCUCAUUUGGUAGAUAAGAAGUAUGUCGAGAAGUUCGAAAGAGCGGUUAGGCUCAUGAAGGCUCUUCCAUCAACCGAUCCUCGUAGCUUCUAUCAACAAGCUAAUAUUCAUUGUGCUUAUUGUGAUGGAGCUUAUGAUCAAGUCAAUUAUCCGGGUUUGGAGCUCCAAGUUCAUAACUCGUGGCUAUUCUUUCCUUGGCAUAGGUAUUACCUCUAUUUCUUCGAGAAAAUAUUGGGAAAACUUAUCGACGAUCCAACUUUCGCCAUGCCAUUUUGGAACUGGGAUAACCCGGCAGGAAUGCCAAUACCCGCCAUCUACUCGAACCCUAACUCCCCACUUUACGACCCGCUUCGAGACCCUCUUCAUCAACCUCCCACUUUGGUUAACUUCAACUACGAUGGAACCGAUCCAACUUCUACCAAUGAGGAGCAAAUAUCCGAUAACCUAGCCCUCAUGUAUAAACAAAUGAUAUCCAAUGGUAAAAAGGCCAACUCAUUCCUAGGCGAACCAUAUCGGGCAGGAUCCGAAGCGGAUCCUGGCGGUGGUUCGAUUGAGAAUUCUCCUCACGGACCAGUUCAUGGUUGGACAGGGGACCGUAAUCAACCUAAUGGUGAGAACAUGGGAAACUUCUACUCUGCGGGUCGGGACCCUAUAUUUAUGGCUCACCAUUCGAACAUUGACCGGCUUUGGGCGGUGUGGAAUACCCUUGGAGGGCGUCGACGUAACUUCACCGAUACGGAUUGGUUAAACACGUCGUUCGCGUUCUACGACGAGAACGCUCAGUUAGUUGAGGUUAAAGUAAGAGAUUGCUUGGAUGAGAAGAGACUAGGUUACACUUUUCAAACCGUGCCUAAUCUAUGGCUCGGUGCCAGGCCGAAGCCUACGACACGAACUACAACUCUUCAAUCCAGGGAGAUCAAGAUACCGACCAAAACCAAAACCACAACAACAACAAGUGAGGCGACGACACCGAUAGUGUUGGAUAAAAAACCGGUGACGGUGAAAGUGAUUAGGCCGAAGCAAAAGAAGAGGAGUAAAAAGGAGAAGGAAGAAGAGGAAGAAGUGUUGUUAAUCGAGGGAAUUGAACUUGAUAAGGAUUCUUUUGUGAAAUUCGACGUUUUGGUGAACGAUGAGGACGAUGGGGCGACGUUUACCGGGCCGAAUAAGGCGGAGUUUGCAGGGACAUUCGUGAACGUGCCUCAUUUGCAUAAAGAAGGGAAGAAGAUGAAGAUAAAAACAUGUUUGAGGCUUGGGAUUACGGAUUUGCUUGAAGAUUUGGAUGUUGAAGAUGAUGAUAGUGUUUUAGUCACUAUAGUACCAAAACGCGUCACUACAACUGUCACUAUAGCUAGUAUUAAAAUUGUCUUUGAAUGAUUGAAUGAAUUUUAUUAUUAUUAAAGUAUAAUAUUUUAAAGAAUAACCCCCAUUUCAUUGGGUUGGGUAAAUUGAUGUUUUUAUCCUUUUAUUUUGAAAUUAAUAUUA